AUGCUGCUCCAGACGGCGCUCGACUCGUUGUUUGUCCGACGGGGCGCUCACUCUCCGCGGCCACUCCCUCUGCUGCAGGGCGCGGCGCUCCUCGUGUUUGCCUACCUGUGCACCGGAGAGCUCCUCCCACUUCCCGUCCUCCGGGCGAGCAAGGUGCUGCAGGGCUGGGCGGUGCAGCAGGUGCUCCUGAUCGCAGCGCUCUCCUGCUUGGCCGUGCUCGCCGGCGCCAGCGCCGGCGUCGGUCGCGGCUGCCCGCCGCUGCCGGCCGCGUGUGUGCUGGCCGCGCUGAACACCGCUCCCAUCGCGGCUGCGGUCGCUGCGCUGCACUUGACGAUGUCCGACAACUGCCCCGUGGCGCCUGGCCGGCCGUGCGACAUGCCGUCCAUCCUCGCCGACGUGGUCGGCCUCACCUCCGCGCGGCUGGCCCGGCUCGACCUCGGCGUCUGCCUGCUGCUCGCCGCCCGUGGAGAGGCGGCCGUGCUGCACGCCACCGGGGGGCAUCUGGGAUACUCGGAGGCGCAGCCGCUCCACCGCGCCGCGGGGUGGUGGUGCGCGGGGCAGUCCGCCCUGCACUCGCUCGCCUACUUCUUCUUCUACCUGCGCGCCGGCGGCGCCGCCUCCCUCUGGCAAGCCUGCUUCCCCGCGCCCUUGCCCGACGGCUCGCUCAACCGGCUCGGGCUCGUCAACUUCAUGGGGGUGGUCGCCAUCGCGGUGUGCGGGCCGCUGGCGCUCUCCGCGCUGCCCCUGGUGCGGCGGCGCUGCUACCACGCCUUCCAGCGCCUGCACAUGCCCGUCGCCCUCCUCUUCGUGACCUGCUGCGCGCUGCACGACCUCGCAAUCCUCACCUUCGCGGUGCCGGGCAUCGCAUUCUGGUACGUAGAGUGGCGUGGGCGUGGCGGCCGAAAGGGCGUGCUGGGCUGCUCGCUGCGGCGGUUCACCGCCACGGCGCGUCUGCUGCCCGGCACGUCGGGACCGUGGGCAGAGCUCACGAUCCAUUGCGGCGGCGCGGCGCUGGGCCACGACGCGGCACCGCGCGGCGAGUGGGCGCUCCCACUCGGCACUGAGUGGCACCCGCUCUCGGUGACCAGCGCCGGCGGUCGCGCGGCGGGGCUCUCCGCCCUCGUCUCCGCGCGGGGGGGCGACUGGACAAAGGCGCUCGUCCACCUUUGCGCGACGACGGGCAGCUUUGAGGUUGAGCUCGCGGGGCCCUUCCCCUUCGGCGGCGGCCCCUGGUCCCUGAGCGGCGGCGGCGGCGGAGGUGAGCCCGCGCUGCUGCUGCUGGCGGGAGGCACGGGGGUCACCGGCUGGCUGCCGGCGCUCGCCGCCGCGGCUAGCGAGGGCCGGCCGUGCCGCUUGGUCUGGUGCGUGCAGAACGAGGCCGACUACCACGCGCUCGCCGACCGGCUGCCGCGCAACGGCGGCGUCGAGUGGGGGUGGGCGUACGUGGCGGAGGCGCUGGAGCUCCCUCUCGACGCUGGCUGGCUGCACCACAGCCUGGUUGGCUACACGCUGUCGCGGCGGUGCCUGCCCGUCCUCCUCAUCGUUGCGUCCAUCGCCGCGACGACGGCGGCGAAGCGGCUUGUGGUUGCAGCUUGCGGGCCGGCGAGCAUGGUGGAGGGCGCUCGCAGCGCGGUGGCGAAGAUCCGAGCGGAGUGCCGCGGCGAGGGAAAGACAAAACCAAUUCGAAUUGCCUUUCCAAUUUUUGCCAAGGCACCGCUGCGGCUGGGGCGGGGUACAUAA